CUCCCUAUUAGUCCAUCCGCUGCCGACCGAAACGGCCUCUUUCCCCUUCCGCCUCCUCUCCCUCUCCCUCUCCCUCUCCCCUCUUCUGCUGCUUGUUCUUGUCAAUAGCGCUCCCAAUCCUGUCACCAUCAUCACUAGUCCCUCCCGCCCCAGCUCCUCUGCCUGUAAAGAUUUCGUUCGUUCCUCUUUCGAAUCUCUGAUCCCGUUCUCGGUCCUCGAUUCCGCCUGCGAAAGAAACUCGUCUUUGCUGCAAUCUAUAGAAGUAGCAGGGAGGACUUUGUGCAGAGUUUAUUUUCCUUUUCUUCUUCUUCUUUUGGUCCGGAGGAACCUAGUUCGCCAGUGGUUGCUUGCCACUGACGAAUCACGUUCGGGUUGCGUUCUCCGAUCCGUCCCAGCCUAAUUCUGGGGGCGCAGGGGAAGGAUUCGGGACGGAAGGAACUAGUUUCUGUGCUUCCUUGGAUUCCACGGCAAAGCCCGGCUGCGACGUCGGCGUCGUCUCCACCGCAUUCCGGCUACGGUUCCCAAGCAACCUUGCUGUGGUGGGGAUGGUGUCGCAGGCUCCCGUGGCGGGCGCCAGCCUCGCCGCGUCGCUGUGCAAGAAGAGCAACCGCGUCGCGCGGGUGCUCGCGUACGCGCUGCUCGAGUGGAUCCUCAUCGCGCUGCUCCUCGCCAACGGCGUCUUCUCCUACCUCAUAUCCCGGUUCGCCGCCUUCUUCGGCCUCGCGCCGCCGUGCGCGCUCUGCUCCCGCCUCGGCGUCGACAGCCUCUUCGAGACCCGCCCGCCGCACCACCGAGGCGCCGAGCCCCUGCGCCGCUUGCUGUGCGACGCGCACGCCGCCGAGCUGUCGCGCCUCGGCUACUGCAGCGCGCACCGCCGGCUCGCGGACGCCGGGGACAUGUGCGAGGACUGCGCCGCGGCGGCAGCGCCCGGGAAGGCGCUGUUGUCGUGGAUGGGCCGGAGCGAGCUGGGUGAGCGGGACCUCGCCUGUGCCUGCUGCGGUGUCGCGCUCGAGAGCGGCUUCUACUCGCCGCCCUUCUUGCUCACCACGUCGGCGCCGCGUGGUUCAGAUUGUGGCCUCAAGCAAGAGGAAGAGGCAGCGAUGCCAAAUGGAGACGUGGUCGUUGUCUCCAAGGAAGGUCCUGUGAUCGAGCUCUUCGACGAUAAGCCGUUUGUGGAGGAUGACUCAAUCGGCGUCUUGGCUGCCGAGGUUGUUGCCAAUGUUGAGCGGCCGGUUGCUCUUGAAUCAAUUGACUCGUUGGUGGUCACCAUGGGCACCGUGUCAUCUCAAUCCGGUGGCGAAGGAAAGGAAGCAGUUGACCAUGGUGUUGUAAGGCAGAACAACGUGGACAUGGAGAACACAGUUAGUAGCAAUGAGGAGAAAAUUAUGCCAUCUGAUGAUAAGGUGGAUGUGGUUGAUCGGCUGAUUGAUGAACAGAUUGUUGCCGUAGUCCUUGUGCCAGCUUGUAUAGAAGCUACACUUGAUGGUGGCAUAAAUGCAGACAAAACCGUGGAUGCCUUUGCUGAUCAUCAGUCUCUUGAGGAUGACAGUGGAUUGGAAGUUAAGGACCAGAAAAUAUCAUUUGAAGAUGAGGUAUUUGAAGGUGAGCAAGCUGAACAGGUUACUCAACAACAGGAACUGUGUGCUAUGCCAACAGAUCCUAGUGACCAUGAAUUUGUUGAGAGGUUAGAUAGAAGUACUGAGUUGGAGCAUUUUCCACUGGCUGAGUCAAAGCAUAAAAUGAACUCUAUGCCAGUGGAAGCUUCUAAGCACGUUGCUGUAACUCAGAUUGAGGGGAAGCAGGUUCAACAAGCUGAGGUAAAUCAGGAGUUGGAUUCAAUACCAAAAUGUUCCAGGGAGCAUGCUGAUGAAGAACUUCAAGGAGAGAGAACUGCACAGGCUGGGUUGGAACAAGAGUGUGACUCUGUGCCAAUUGAUUAUGGGGAACACGGUUCCCUUACUUCAUAUGCUCAUACUGAUGAUGAGCAAGAUGAGGCGAUGCAGAAAGUCACUUCUGUAACUCGGAUUGAAGAGAAGCAGGUUCAACAAGCUGAGGUAAAUCAGGAGUUGGAUUCAAUACCAAAAUGUUCCAGGGAGCAUGCUGAUGAAGAACUUCAAGGAGAGAGAACUGCGCAGGCUGGGUUGGAACAAGAGUGUGACUCUGUGCCAAUUGAUUCUGGGGAACACGGUUGCCUUACUUCAUAUGCUCAUACUGAUGAUGAGCAAGAUGAGGCGAAGCAGAAAGUCACUUCUGUAACUCGGAUUGAAGAGAUGCAGGUUCAACAAGCUGAGGUAAAUCAGGAGUUGGAUUCAAUACCAAAACGUUCCAGGGAGCAUGCUGAUCAAGAACUUGAAGUAGAGAGAACUGCACAGGCUGGGUUGGAACAAGAGUGUGACUCUGUGCCAAUUGAUUCUGAGGAACACGGUUGCCUGUUUUCAUAUGCUCAUACUGAUGAUGAGCAAGAUGAGGUGAAGCAGAAAGUCACUUCUGAAACAGCAGAUGUUCUACAUUAUGCAGCAGACACUUUUAAUGUUAACACAAACUCAUGGAAAGAAGAUAUUGAAGAGGAUUCAACUGAAGCUGCUCUAACAGCCAUACAUCAAAUUUGUUACGAACCUUUGACGAGCAUAGUCAAGUUCUCUCUAGAUCAUAGUGUCUCCGAAGAAGACAGAGAGCCUGAUACGCCGACUCAUAUUGAAGGUAUAUGUGAUUCACAGGAACUGCUGGAUUCUAAAGCAGUUGUUUCUGAUGCUAAAUCUGUAGAUUCAAGUGUUGCUACUUUGUCUACUGAUCUGGAAAGCACUGAAUUGGUGAGUGUGGAUCAACUAAAAUCUGCUUUGGCUUCCACACGCAAAUCAUUGAACACCCUAUAUUCUGAACUUGAAAAUGAGAGGAACGCUGCUGCUAUAGCUGCCGAUGAAACCAUGGCAAUGAUAAACCGCUUGCAAGAACAGAAAGCUGCAAUGCAGAUGGAGGCGAUUCAAUACCAGCGGCUUAUGGAGGAACAGUCAGAGUAUGACCAAGAAGCACUGCAGAGGUUGAAUGAACUAGUUGUUAAGAGAGAGAAGGAGAAGCAAGAUCUGGAGAGAGAGCUCGAGCUGUAUCGCCACAAGGUUCAUCUCUAUGAGGUAAAGGUGAGGAAAUUGUCCAGGCACAAGGCUGAUGACCAGAAUGGAUCAUCGUCAACUUCAUCGAGUGCUGAGGAUAGUGAUGACCUUUCACAAAGUUUCUAUGAAGGUGAUGAAUCUUCCCAUGGUAUUAAUGGAAGCAAUGGGAGUAUUCCUACAGAUGUUGUGCUACAAGAAACUGCCAGGCAUCUUGUUACCCUUGAUGGCUCACUAGCUGAUUUUGAGGAAGAGAGACUAUCCAUACUGGAACAGCUUAAAGUGCUAGAAGAUAAACUUUUUGAUCUUGAUGAUGAAGAGUCCGAUAACAUGAAGCAUUUCUCAGAAGAAAACCAUUUAAGUGGUGCCUCAAAUGGUUUCUCUGAUGAUGAUAGCUGCUUUAAGCUCCAUGACAAGAGAAAGAAUGUAACCUACAGAGGAAAGAAACUCCUUCCAUUGUUCGACGAUGCUACCGUGGAAGCUGGAAACGUCCCCCAAGGUAAUGAUGCACAGCAUUCAACAGAGGUCACACUGGACCUUGCUAGAGAGCAACAUAAGCUUGCAAUUGCCAAUGAAAUCGAUCAGGUACACGAGAGGCUGCAUGCUCUUGAGGCAGAUAGGGAAUACAUAAAACAGUGCGUUAGGACUUUGAAGAAGGGAGGGAAAGGGUUUGAUCUUCUUCAGGAGAUAUUACAGCAUCUUCGGGACCUAAGAAGGAUUGAGCAACGUGCAAGUGCAAGGAACUCUGGGGAGCUUUCGCCUCAUUACCUACAUCAUCACACGGAUUGAAGAUCCCUGCCUAUGUCCAGCGAAUAUUGCUUGAAGAUGGAAAUCAUACAACAAUGAUAAGGGGAAAAAAAGAUUGCCGACUAAGUAGUAUUGUCAUUGGAGAAGUUUUGUUGGUUCCUGGAGUGGAAGGAGCUCCUCCUGGAACACCCGUCACAGUCGGUUCGAAGAUACCAUUGGGAAGGCAGAUCACGGAGCAAUUCUGCCUUCCAAGGUCCAGGAUUUUUUUUGUGGACCACUUCCCACGUUCUCUUUUUGUGUUGGUUUAGUUUUCCCGGUGGGUUCCAAACUUUUGCCCAAGGGCAAGAGGGUGGUUGGUGAGCCGCCCGGGCCCCUGUGGGGCUGUGUGUUUGUGGGGGGUGUGGCGGCAAUCAUGGCCUUGUGCAGAAGCUUUAGAAUUCAUUAACCUGAAGACAUGCCGAUGCCAGCUUUGCUGCCAGAUAUGUUGGGCUUCACUAGUUUUUGUUUUCUUCUUUUUUUCUAAAUCCUUUCCCUGUAAAUCUUCUAGCUGUAUGUAAUGUGCUUUCGGCCUUUGGAAUGAUGAGGUGUUGGGUGUGUGCAUAGCAUGACUGUUGUUUUAUGGGUCUUUUUUUUUCUUUCCCUUUUGUUCUUUUUCGCUGUUAUUGUUCUGGACAUUGCAAUAUUUUGAUGCAAGUGCUGCUUAUUAGUUAUUGAA